GUAGAGAGAUCCUUUCAACUUCAACAAAAGCCCUUCUCCUUGGUCUCUCUCUCUCUCUGUCUGGUUCUUGGUCUGAUUCAUUGCAUCAUGUCAGGAGAAUCAAGCUCUUGUUCUACCGACCAUUGCAUCAAAGUUGUACCAACACACGGAGGCCGCUAUAUUCAGUACAACGUUUACGGACAGCUCUUUGAAGUUUCAAGAAAGUAUGUCCCUCCUAUCCGUCCCAUCGGUAGAGGCGCUUGCGGUAUCGUCUGUGCUGCGGUGAACUCAGUGAGUGGAGAGAAAGUGGCAAUUAAAAAGAUCGGUAAUGCUUUUGAUAACAUUAUUGAUGCUAAGAGAGCUCUACGUGAAAUCAAGCUUCUCAGGCACAUGGAUCAUGAGAACGUCAUAGCCAUCAAAGAUAUUGUAAGACCUCCGCAACGAGAUGUAUUCAACGACGUUUACAUUGUCUAUGAGUUAAUGGACACUGAUCUUCAACGAGUCCUCCAUUCUAAACAAACCUUAAGCCAUGACCAGUGCCGCUUCUUUGUGUACCAGCUCUUAAGAGGGCUCAAGUACGUGCACUCGGCCAACAUAUUACAUCGUGAUCUAAGGCCAAGCAACGUGCUGCUUAACUCCAAACACGAGCUAAAGAUCGGUGACUUUGGGCUUGCGAGAACAACUUCAGACACAGACUUUAUGACUGAGUAUGUUGUUACUCGUUGGUACAGAGCUCCUGAGCUGCUUCUUAACUGCUCGGAGUACACUGCAGCUAUUGAUAUAUGGUCUGUUGGUUGCAUAUUCGGUGAAAUCAUGACGGGGCAACCGUUGUUCCCUGGAAAAGAUUAUGUUCAUCAGCUUAGGCUUAUCACAGAGCUUGUAGGCUCUCCAGACAACUCCAGUCUCGGUUUCCUUCGCAGUGACAACGCGAGAAGAUACGUGAGGCAGCUUCCACGAUACCCUAAACAAGAGUUUGCUGCUAGAUUCCCGAAAGUGCCUCCUACUGCCAUCGACUUGCUGGAGAGAAUGCUUGUCUUUGAUCCAAAUCGACGUAUAUCAGUCGAUGAAGCUCUUGGCCAUGCUUACCUAUCACCGCACCACGAUGUGGCCAAAGAACCAGUGUGUCCGACUCCUUUCAGCUUCGACUUCGAGCAUCCUUCGUGCACGGAAGAACACAUAAAAGAGCUUAUCUACAAGGAGUCUGUCAAAUUCAAUCCUGACCAUUGAGGAGACAACAACAAAAUGAGCAUGUUUUUAUCAUAAGUUCCUUUGUAAACUCAUUUUUAUUUUGGUUGAAUAAAUGCUAUAACGAUGAGACACAUACAUUUACUAUCUA